CCAGAGAGUCGCCGCCGUUGUGUCUGGGUUCGCAAUCUAAGAAUAGCGCUACGUUCAUGACGGAGCAGCUCAAGGUAGUCUCGUAGCGUUGCCGAGUCCUCGUCGAGAGUUUCCCCGACGGCAAAUUCGUGGUUGUUAAGAUGCAAAGGGCGAUUACAUUCUCGCGAAACAUCUCUGCGCUAAGUCAGGUGAGAAUGGCUGGAGAACGUGGUUCUGGUGCUGGCAAAGGAGGAGGUGGUGGUGGUACGAUUCGCGAGGCUGGUGGAUCUUUUGGAAAAAUGGAAGCAGCCCAUGAAGAUCAGUACUUUUACAAUCUGCAAAAGGAACAGUUACAAAAGAUGCGGGAGAGCCUGCAUGACGAGAUCUCGUUCCAUGAGGAGCAAAUCAAGCGUCAUCAGGAGGCCAUAAACCGUCAUAAAAAUCGAAUCACAGAUAUGGACCAGAAGGAAUGAAAAAGUUAGAAGUUAUCGGCGUGAGACUUCCGAUUUCGGCGAUAUUAAUUUCAGUGUAAAAGAAUUUAAAAAUAGUAAGGAUAAUAGAAUGUCGCAGCAAUUUUUUUUUAUGUAUAAUACGUUACAUUGAUUAAAUAUAAAAUAUACAAUGCUUUUGAUAUAGUUCGAGCAUUGAUUCAUAUUAUUUUGCAAUAUUAUAUGAAUUGAUUACCUCCGUGAGAGUCUAAGACGAUUUUGUACGUCGCAUGUUUGAGAAAAGGUUUACUUAUAUCUGAGAAUAAAAUGUGUUUUUAAUCGUU